AUGGACUUGACGGAUCUGUCCAAGCUAACACCUGGAGAAUUUCGUGGUGCUUCGAGAAAACUGAAGUGCACUUAUGGCGCUGAAGUAACUUUGCAUGGAGGCCCGGAAUGGCCACGGUUAGCGGAAAAAAAACUUAACAGCGAGAAGAGUGUCUUCUUGGAAGCACUAAAUGGAAUCGUCAACAUGCCCGGAGGCGACGAUUUGUCCAAGAAUAAAAGGCAGGAGAGAUAUGGCAAUGACUUUAUGCGAAGCUUCUACGAGAAGUUAUUAAAUAAGAUGAACGACGACACUAUGAUGGCACAGUAA